AUGCGUUCGGUACUCGACGAAAUCACUGCCGAGGACCGCGACUUCAUCGACGAUGGAUCGCUCGACGAAAUGUCCGACGACGAAUCCAGGUGGCGACAAGAACUCCGAGAUAUCACCGGCUACGAUCCCUCCAAAUUCGCCAACAUGCCCGAAGAAGAAGCUCGGGAAUCCACAUGUGCCAUGAUCACUUACGAAGAACGAAUUUCCGAACGCAUCGCCCGAAAGGAGGAUCUGGAGGAAUUCAAAAAAGCCCAGGAAAUGAGUGAUGAUGAGGAUGAUGAUGAUGAAUGA